GAAGAAACCAUUCACAUUACAAGUUCAAAUUGAGAAUAUAUGAACAUAUUGUCUUCUUUACUAAUGUAACCUCCACAAGCACAGAGAUCCGAUGGCUAUUCAAUGAAAUAACUCUUCUUUAUGUGUUGUCUUUCCAAGCUCACAAUACCUCUUAUUCAGAGGAGCAGUGUGGCUGCCUGUGAAUGGGACAAUGCCUCUCUGUGGGUGUAUAGUGCCCGGGUGACCUUAGCAACAGUGUGAAACUGUCAUCACUCAGAGCAGCGACACUGAAAUACCUCCACCAGGACCCCCAGCUACUGGUUUGGCUUUUGGAAUAUUUUACGACCUUUUUAAUCAUCUCGAGAAUUGGAAACUCAAUCUCUUGCUUUUAUUUCUUUUCGAACUGGAUUUUUUCCACGGUUAUGUGCGGAUUUAUGAUGGAGAAUUAAAAUGGUGAGGAAGAAAAAGCUGCUGGUGUUCGAAAUUUGUGGAAGCAUGAUGUGGGAUGGAUAAGCAACAACAAACAUCUACUAUGGCCUCUAAUGACCCUGACCUUUCUGACCCCUCUGGUGACCCCCAGCCUGGUGACCUCAUUGAGAUCUUCAGACCAGCCUAUCAGCACUGGGCUCUCUAUCUGGGCGAUGGUUAUAUAAUCAACUUAACUCCUGUCGAUGAGAGCCCCGCAGCCGCCAUGUCCAGCGUGAAGUCCGUCUUUAGCCGGAAGGCGGUGGUGCGCAUGCAGCUGCUGAAGGAGGUGGUGGGGAGUGACUCAUACCGUGUAAACAACAAGUACGACCACAACCACACACCUCUACCCAUCAGUGAGAUCAUCCAGCGAUCGCAGGUCCUCAUCGGCCAGGAGGUGUCCUAUGACCUGCUGGGGAGCAACUGCGAGCACUUUGUUACCCUCCUGCGCUACGGGGAGGGGGUGUCCGAGCAGGCUACACGGGCCAUUGGGGCCAUCAGUUUGGUGACGGCAGCAGCCAGCGCCUUCUCUGUCUUGGGACUGAUCAACACACGAUCCAGAAACAGGCCUUUCUGACAGCUGUAUUUCCUCCCAACAUUCAUGCGGCUGUGAAUUAAAAUGCAUAAAAACAUCAUUAAAAUGUAAAGGAAAUAUAAA